UUUUACCGGAAGUGUGAGAUUUUUGUUUCGGAGGGAGGUCAGUGAGCUGUCGAUGUCAUUUACAGUGUUGUUAUUUCUAGAUAUAAUGUAGAAAGUUAACAUUCUGCGUAGCUAGUUUAACAGAGUACCACAUUUUUUCGGGGCAGCCGCAAAAUAUUUGUGGUGUAGGUAAAGCAAGUAAACUGCAGAGCAAUCAUGUCGGAUGCGUUGUCUGAUGAUGCCAGCAGAGGAAAUGACGGCCAAGAAGAUGUGAUGACUCCAGCGGAGCUGAUUGGGAAACUGGAAGAGGUAGCUAAGUAGCUAACCAGCUAACCAUGUUCAUUAUACUGUAGCCAGACAGAUACGUUUUGCAAUGUACAGAUCCUGUCAAAACAAAAUACGUAUUUAUCACUGCUGCUACUCUAUGUAAAGUGGACUGUGUGUUCCUCUGUCCCCCAGGCCUGGCUGAAUGAGAAGUUCUCUCCUGAGCUUCUGGAGAACAAGUCAGAGAUGGGGGAUGGAGCAGCUGACUCACAUGGUAGAUGGUGGUGGGGUUCCUCAAAUAACUGAGGGGUGCAGCAGCUGUGUCUCAGUAAACAGUGAGGUACCAGUAAUAACAGGACUUCUAUGUUGUGUUGUCUCCAUUGACAGGAGGCCAACCUGCAGCAGGUUUGGAGGGGUGAUGUGAAGGCCAGUGUCCACCGCAUGGAGAUUGACAGGAUCCGCUUUGUCCUCAGCAGCUACCUCCAAAAGGUAAUGUCAACAACAACAACCCAGCAUUAUAUGAUCAUCUUCUAAUGAGAGGGGCUAUAAAUCAAUGCUCAGACUGACACCUUUCUCUCUGGUCCUCUGUUGCCUGUGUAGAUUGAGACAUUUUCCCCACAUGUCUUGGAGAAAGAGAAGUCUCGAGCAGAGGGAGAUCCUUCAUUCCUGUCUCCAGAGGAGUUUUCCUUCGCCAAAGAGUGAGUGUUGUAGCUUGCAGUUACAAUGACCAUCGCUGGAGGAAAGUCAUUGAGUUGUUUGAAUGUCAUAUUUACUUCCAUUAUUAUUAUCAUAUGUUUGCAACAUUAGUGAUGUGAUGUGUUCCCUCUCUUCCAUUUAGAUAUCUGGCCAAAACAGAGACCUAUCUGAAGGCUGUAGCUCUGAAACACAUGCCCCCCAAUCUACAGACAGUAGAUAUGCUGAAAGCAAGAUAUUUACAUUAACUAUUCCAAUAUUUAAGUGACUGCUUGUAAAAACUAUCAGUGGCAUAAUGUUUAAUUAUCACGGAUGGAAGCAUUGUAUUCUCUUGUCACAUGAUUAACUUCCAUGUGUAACGAUAUGUUCCCAGAGCCCUGUCUGGACUCCUUUGUGUUCCUAUGUGUGAGGGAGAGACAGGAAAACAUAUUAUACUACCUAUCUCACUUUGAUGAUAAUGUAUCAAGAAUAGAAGUUGUCUUGAUUCCUUUUCUGAAGAGGAGCACAUUGGAUGUUAUUUUGUAGUAUUCUGUAGAUCCAGAAGGUGGCAGCAUGUGUCUGUAUUUAACGCAAUGUGUUUUCUAUGUACUGUUACUGUCCUCAAGAAUAUUAUACCGGCUUACUCCACGGACAGUGUAUUCUUAUUGAUUGAAAUGCCCGGUCGUUUGCUAAGAACUCAUUCGAAUUUUUUUGUCCAAUAUUUUCUAUCAGAGAGUAUGUCGUGUAUCUUGAUGUGGAUUCUCAGCAUCUGAUGCGGUAUCGCACUAUAGCACCUCUGGUUUCAAGCGGAGCAGUACAGCUAAUUUUAAAUGUCAAGGUAGUCAAUUUAUAGGCCACACUGAUUUCCCUAAUAUCGAAUCUAUGACAUACACACACAUCCAUACUAUAUUUUUGAAUAUGUUAGAGUGUGCAUGAUUCAAAUCCCAAAAACUUCAUAAAAG